AUGUUUCGUACGAAUUUGCUUAAAAGCGGCUCGAAAAAACUUUUGCUUAUUGCCUUCGCGUGCGUCGCUGCUGUGGCUGCUGAUGUUAGACACUUGCCCUCCACCGAGUACCUGCCCUCUAUUCAAGAUGUUGUUCCAGUUGAGGCUCCAGUUUCUAAUUUUAUUCCAGAAGUUGCUGUUCCUGCGCCAAUUUCAAUUGAAUCUGCUCCAUCACAUAUUUUGACUGAUGAUGGAUAUCGUUACAAGACACAUCGUCGUGUUGUGUACCGUCGCAACCGUCGUGAUGUGAGCCAUUUGCCCUCCAACGAUUACUUGCCUCCAGUACAAGAAGCCCUAGUUGCUGCACCAGUAAACGAAUACUUGAUUCCAGUUGAAGCUGCUCCAGCCCAUAUUUUGUCUAAUGAUGGAUACCGUUACAAGACCAAUCGUCGUGUUGUAUACCGUCGCAACCGUCGUGAUGUAAGCCAUUUGCCUUCCAACGAUUACUUGCCUCCAGUACAAGAAGCCCCAGUUGCUACACCAAUAAACGAAUACUUGCCUCCUGUUCAACAGACCGUCGUAGCCCCUGUUCCAGUUUAUGCCCCGGCUCCAGUCUACGCUCCAGCUCCAGUUUCAAUUCCAGCUCCAGCUCCCAUUCCAGUUGAAGCUGCUCCAGCGCAUAUUUUGUCUAAUGAUGGAUAUCGUUACAAGACCAAUCGUCGUGUUGUAUACCGUCGCAACCGCCGUGAUGUAAGCCAUUUGCCUUCCAACGAUUACUUGCCUCCAGUACAAGAAACACCAGUUUCUGCACCAGUAAACGAAUACUUGAUUCCAGUUGAAGCUGCUCCAGCCCACAUUUUGGCUAAUGAUGGAUACCGUUACAAGACCAAUCGUCGUGUUGUAUACCGUCGCAACCGUCGUGAUGUAAGCCAUUUGCCUUCCAACGAUUACUUGCCUCCAGUACAAGAAGCCCCAGUUGCUACACCAAUAAACGAAUACUUGCCUCCUGUUCAACAGACCGUCGUAGCCCCUGCUCCAGUCUACGCCCCGGCUCCAGUUGAAGCAGCACCAGCUCAUAUUUUGACCGAUGAUGGUUACCGUUAUAAGACGCACCGUCGAGUAAUUUACCGUCGUCAUUGAUAAUUCCAUCCACCCCGCUCGACUUAUUCGCUACUGCUCUUGUUUGAGCAUAAUAUAGUAUUAGAUAUGUUUGCAUUGCCAAUGCGCGGGGAUUGACCACUG